AGGAGUCCAGCAGGAGCGCCGAGAGGUAAAGACGCUCCUGUCGUCAUUUCUAGCGGUCUGAUGGAGAGGGAGGUGGUGCUCGGACGUAUCAGCUGUGCUAUAAACAGCAGGAGAUCAACACUGACCUCGAUGCAUGGAGGAGUGUAUGGAGUCUGUUUGCUGGAGAGAAGUGCACAGGAGACGUUGUAUCUUCUGCAUCUGGCUUUGUGCAUGACUCUCUGAACUUUUACAUUUGAAACUGUCGACUAGAAUAUCUUUGUGAGAUUGUGUUGCAUAUGUCUUUGCCAUUCAACACACUAAAGUCGCUGUGGAGGAGUCUUACGCUUUAUACUGAAGUAUGCAUCUUAAUACAGCAAAAUGCAAUGCUGUCUGUCUGGUGGCCACAUUAGUGGACCAUGACGUUUACAGUCGACCGGAAAUUCAGGAGCAGUUUGAGGCUUUGUUUCGUCAAUUUGAUCCGAGCACAUCCUUUCAGUUCUUCAAAAGCUUCAGACGGGUUCGGAUUAACUUCACCGACGUUCUCGCUGCAGCCGAGGCCCGAGUUAAACUCCACAAGAGUGACUUCAAUGGAAAAGAGAUGCGCCUGUAUUUUGCUCAGUCUGUACAUAUUGGCAGUCCUCGCCUUGAGCCUCCAAAACCAGACAAGCAGUUCCUGAUCUCUCCUCCGUCGUCACCCCCUGUUGGCUGGGAGCCGUCACCGGAUGCCAAACCGGUCAUCAACUACGACCUGUUGCGUGCUGUGUCUAAACUAGGACCAGGUGAGCAAUACGAGCUCCACACUGGAACCACCAACACGCCAAGUGUGAUCGUGCACGUGUGCGAGGACGAAGUCUCCGAUGACGAGGAAGAGAUGGAGGGCGGCAGACGCGCUCGCCCAAAAAUCAUCCAGACCCGCCGUCCGGACUUUGUCCCUUCAGUAAAGCAGUGAGAGCCGUUCUGGGUGGUUUAAUCUGCUUGACCAAUGCGGGAAUAACUAGGAACCUGCAGUUUAUCAUCCUGACCACCAGGGGGUGUUGAGCACCAGAUUCUCUUCCUGGUUAGCGAGAGAGGUGACCAUUCUCAUAAUCUCGAGUUUCAUUUCUUAUCGUCCAUCGCUGAUGGAAUCAGGGACUUUGAGGACCUGGGAAGUUUCUCUCGUCUUAAGAAUGUCAUUGUCUGCUUCACAUCGCAACUGUGUAAUAGCCAUAAAAAAUUUAAGUUGUCGUGUAGCACAAAGCCGAGUAAAGUGUCCGACGUGUUGAGUGUGUAUUGUGUCGGGGCCACACGUAUUCUUUGUUAAUAUCACGUACCGUCUCUUUAAGUCAGUUAAGUGUUCGUACAGGCUUUAAAAAAAGUCGUUGUCACUGAAGUACUUCACAAGCUCCUUCAAGUAUUAUGCACUUUAAUAAUAGAGCCUUAUAACGUGGUAAACAUCAUGAGGUACGUGUAUUUGUAUAUAUAGAGUCCGACAGUGACCGCUCGCGUUGUGGAAAUAUAUUACUCAUUCAUUUUCUUCUGCGGGAAAUUUCGUAACCUGACACAAGCAACCGGUCGAGGAGAUUUAAUGCAACAUUGCAAGCUUUGAUUUAAAGCAAACAAUUAAAGGUACAAAAUUAUGAACUGCUAUUUUGCGAAGCAUUUCGGAUGACAAAACUAUAAUUAAAAAUUAAAAUUUUAAUAGUAUUUUAGUAUAGUAGUAGUAGUUUAGUAAUAAUCCAAUUAUAGUAAAAAAUACUAUAUACAUAUAAUUGUCAUUUGCAAUGUUUUAUCAGCGCGCAACUUCUGAUUGGUGGAUCUCUCUCUGUAUUGUAUUUGGCAAUUAAACGAUUUUUUUGACAUUAUCAUAUGGCUUGUACAGAAGCAGAUAGCUUUGCUGAAUCUCAAGGCAGGUUUGUCUUGGAUGAUUUAUACGUUACAGAAAUAAGUCAAUCACUUUUGUGGAAGAUAAAAGAAAUGAAAACUCUUCUGUCGUUGUGUUAAUGAUUGUGCGUUACCAGAAUCGCUCUGUUCUGCUUUACAGUCUCUGUUUUCAUUACUGUAGCGAUGUUUUCAUGCCAUCCUGUGAUUUUAAGCGACUAUAAUGUACUGUGUAUAUUUGAUGUAUUUCAAUGUAGCCCAUAUCAUGAAUGCUUCAGGAUUUUUAUCUUAGAAUCAUCUUCAAUAGUCAGCGGGAGGAGGAAGAAAGCUGAUACUACCUUUAAUAAAGCCAUCUUGACCAAAGAA